CCUUCCGGAAGAGCCACAUGCUCAUGCUUAAUCCGGGGUCGCUCGAUGUGCAUAAAUGCCGGCAAUGCCUGCCCCCCCCCCCCCUCCUGUCGAGAAAACAUCGAAAUCCUCUCGAAAUCCUCUUGCUCUGCGUCAACUCUAAGCAGUAGAAGCCGACUUCUACAAUGUCGGCCAACAUGGAGGAAGGAAACAUGAGACGCAAAUCUCUAGAUGAAGCUGCAAAGCACGUUGUCCGGAGCAUCCGGAUCCCGCUAGCUGUCGCCUUGCUAGCGUUUACUAUCGUUGUCGCUGGUGCAAUCAGUAUCCCUCUCGGUGUUCUUUCGUUUAAGGGAGCUGAUCAGUCUAUUGACGAUGUGACGCAUGUUCUGCGGACUCGUCUAGUGGGCGAAUUUGAAAGUUCCGUACGAAAUCUGCUAUCAAAAUGCCUGAGCGCCGCGGACGACACGAGGAGUAGCUUCGUUGUCAACAAGUAUAUGCGUGGCUACCUUACGAAUAACAACCUCCCUCUGGACACUUAUGAACAAGAAUUCCUGACGUCGUUUAUACAACGCGCCGAGAGAUAUCAGAGUACCAUGGGGAUAGCCGUCGCCAUGGGCAAUCCAGGCAACCUUCCCGAGCAGUACUUUGUCUCCAGUGCCGGAGGUUUCGGUAAACGAUGCCACUGGACCGGCAACGCAACGGGAUUCGAGUGUUUAACCGGCCUCUGGCUCGUGAACAAUUCGAUGCCAUACGAUCCUAAGAUCAAUAUGAUGGCGUUUGGGCCUCCCGGGGCGCCUCCUGUUUGGGAGCUUCAGGCCGCUGAGAAGCCCAAAGUCGUCCCCGUCAACGGUGUGUGGGCUCCCGGGAUGUUCAUCACCCUCGGCGGAAAGCUGCUGGGGGGCAAGCAAUGUGCGCAUUAUACUUGGGCGAGAAACCCCCCACCCGCCUCGGGUUUCGGUUCGGAUUGGGAUAUCGAAUACAGCUCUGUGUAUAGCAUUGACGUGAUUUCUGAGUAUCUCGCGGGGAUGAUAGCAACCCCGAACACGAGGAUGGCUUUGAUUGAAAGCAAUGGUGAUAUAAUGGCCACAAACAAAGCAGGUGCUCAGUACAACGAAAAGAAAGACGGCUCUGCUAAACUGGACACAUGUACAGACCCCGUUCUGAAGGCAGCAGGAAAGGAAAUCCUGAGCCGGUACAAAACAUACACAGAUACCCCCGCCACUCUGUCUGAGGUAUUCAAAAGUGAGCAGAACGGAAACGUUUUCCUGGAUUUCGUGCGCCUGCAGGACGAGACCAAGCUCGACAUGAUUGCUGUCCUGGCCGUUCCGGAGGACGACCUGCUGGCGGUUAUGAAGAAAAGCCGGAAGACUGCAGCUAUUACGGUGUCUGUCAUCGCCUCGUUGAUGAUACUCCUCGCCGGUGUGGCUAGCUACCUCUUCACCUUGCCGUUGAAGCGGCUUACCAAUGUUAUGGUUGCGGUAGGUUCAAGGAGGAGCUGCUCAUCGGUGCGGAAUGCGGCGAUCUCGUCGUCGCUUUAUUCAAUUUUUUUUUGCCUUCUCAAAUAGGCGACGUCAUUCGACUUCUCGAGUGUCCGCGACAAGGAACAGGCGGCUAAGCGCUCCUUCAUUCGUGAGAUUUCGACUAUGGAGAAUGUGUAUGUGAAGUGCCUAGGUUGCGCGGUGGGAGGAUUACUGUUCUACUUUCCUGAUAUAUCCCUUUUUCUUUCAAACCAGCUUUGCCACGAUGCUCUUGAAGUUCGCCAAGGCGAUCGAAUCGAACAAAUCCUUGAUGGGUACCAAGAAUGUCACGAGCGUAAAGAGUGCCAGCGCCAACGACAGUCAACAAACACCGAGUGGCACUCGUCAUUAAAAUCUUGAGAGAAGCAAGGGAAAUCCAUUGUCACUGUUGGCAGGUCCUCCCUGCUCGUACUUCAUGUGGGGGGCAGGGCUUUUAUACCGUUCAACGUGUGUGUUUUAUCAAAAUCGAAGAAUCUUUGCAUCGCGCUGUCAAAUCCUGUUAGUGG